AUGGCGGGGAGAAAAGCUGCACUGGUUGUGUGUCUCCUUUUCGGGACCACCCUUAGUUUGGUGAGAAAUUGGUGUAUUCCCACAGAAAAACUUUCAGAUUACGAUGUGGACGGUGGACGGGACCUGGACAUUUUUGACAUAAAUGAAGAGGCAGGACUGGAUCUUGCAGAGGGAGACAUUGUCCUCGAUGGGAGGCAAACACGGAACUCUAUAAUAGGGGAUGAGUACAGGUGGCCGAAGACGAUCCCGUACUACAUGGAGGAUGACUUAGAGAUCAAUGCGAAAGGUGUGAUUCUGAAGGCGUUUGAGCAGUACAGACUGAAGACCUGCAUCGACUUCAAGCCCUGGAGCGGGGAAUCAAACUACAUUUCUAUUUUCAAAGGGGGCGGAUGUUUCUCCUCUGUGGGAAACCGGAAGGUUGGCAAGCAGAGGUUGUCCAUCGGGAGAAACUGUGACCGCAUCGCCACCAUUGAACACGAGUUCCUUCAUGCGCUGGGUUUCUGGCACGAAAUGUCCAGAUCGGACCGUGACGAUUAUGUCAGAAUCAUGUGGGACCGCAUCUCAGAGGGCAAAGAAAACAACUUCAACACCUACGACGACACCACCUCCAGCUCGCUGGGCGUCCCCUAUGACUACGGCUCCAUGAUGCACUACAGCAAAAACGCCUUCCGGAACGGCACCGAGCCCACCAUCGUCACCAAGAUCCCCGACUUCAGUGACGUCAUCGGCCAACGCAUGGAGUUCAGCGACAGCGACCUGCUCAAGCUGCACCGCCUCUACAACUGCACUCAGGGUUCCACCUUCCUGGACUCAUGUGACUUUGAACGUGAGAACAUCUGUGGUAUGAUCCAGGGAGAAGGGGACCAGGCAGAAUGGGUCCGGGUGGCCGAAGCUGCCGGAGGCCCUGACACUGACUACUCCAACUUGGGCAAAUGCACCGGUUCAGGAUACUUCAUGCACUUCAGCACAGGCACAGCCAACAAUGGGGACACAGCUCUGCUUGAAAGCAGGCUCCUUUACCCCAAGAGAGGUUUCCAGUGUCUGCAGUUCUUCUACUACAACAGCGCCGGGCCCAGCGACAAGCUGAAGAUCUAUGUCCGAGAGUACGACAAAGCCCUCAACGGCACACUGCGCUUCAUAAAGACCAUAGAUGGAACCCCUCAGGAACUGUGGCAGCUGCACCACGUGAGUCUAGACGUCAAGACAAAGUUCAGAGUCGUCUUCGAAGGGUCCAAAGAGGGCACUGGGCCCUCGACAGGGGGACUGUCCCUGGAUGACAUCAACCUCUCUGAGACCACCUGCCCAGAGUUUGUAUGGCGCGUGAAGAACUUCAGCCAUGUCAUGGACAACACUUCAGUUAACACACCGAUCUUCAGCCCGCCAUUCACCUCCAAGGAGGGUUACACAUUCCAAAUGGGGCUGUACCCCAGUGGAAAGGAGGGCUACCCCGGCGAGCUGUCGGCCUACGCUCACCUGGUGGCCAGGGAGGGGGACGCCGGGCAGAAAUGGCCCUGCCCCUGGAAGCAGAUGACCAUGAUGCUGAUGGACCAGCACCCGCACAUCCUGAAGCGCAUGUCCAACCAGCGCAGCGUGACCACUGACCCCAACAUGAAGGCAACAGACUCUGACCAGUUUUUCUGGGAUGACCCUCGCAAGGUGGGCUCUGAAGUCACAGACGCGGAUGGGUCCAGGUAUUUCCGAGGGCCGGGCGCCGGGACCGCCGUGUAUCUCACGCACCUCAGAGCCAAGAGCAGGGAUUUCAUCAAGGGAGGGGACGCCUUAUUUCUCCUCUCAAUGGAGGAUGUGUCUCAUCUUACUGAGACCCAGCCUCUGCCUCCCACGACUGUACCGCCUCCCACCACCACUAGCACCACUGGCCCCUGCCUCAACGUGAAGUGUCUCAACGAGGGGAUCUGUAUGGUGGAUGCAGGGAAAGCUGUAUGCAGGUGUGCGGUGGGCGAUGACUGGUGGUACUACGGGGACACUUGUCAGAACAGAGGCUCCGUUAUGGAUAAAACCAACCUGGCACUGGCCACUUCUCUGUCUGUACUGGGAGUCAUGCUGCUGGUCACUAUUGUCAGCGUCAUCUGCGUGAAGAAGAAGUAUAAGAAAAAGGGUGACAGCAGCUUCAUCAUGACAAACGUGCACGCCCCAGAUAAACCGUAA